AUGGUCGAAACAGAAGUUGCACAAUGCAUGGGAUGCCAAGCAAACAUAGAUAUUCAUCAGCAAGAGCCACUCAAGCCAACAGAACUACCCACAGAACCAUGGUCAAAACUUGCUACAGACCUAUAUGGGCCAUUAGACACUGGUGAAUACCUGCUGGUUGUACGAUGUCUGUAUUCCAGGUUUCCUGUGGUUGAAAUCUUGCGCUCAACUUCUGGUACAAAAGUCAUACCAGCAAAGGACAAAAUUCUCUCAACUUUAGGAAUCCCAGAUGAAAUAGCUAGUGACAAUGGGCCACCCUAUAACAGUGAGGAAUAUAUGGGUUUUGAGCACAGAAAGAAAAUAUCAUAUGCACCAUGA